AUGAACUUUCUCAAAGCCGAGAUCGCCAACAAGAAGCGCGCGCUCGAGCUGGCCAACUCGCCACCGACCACCAACGAUUCCACAUCGACCACGACCGACCCUUCCACAGCCAGCACCAGCACCAGCACAACCCAGGCGACCAAGUACAUGCGACGAGGUGACCUCGAACGUAUCAGGGUAGAACAACAGCAACGACAAGACUUACUCUACGCCGCGCUCAAGGUCGCCCAACUCGAAGCCGACUCGAAUCAGACACUCGCCGUCGCGUCCUCCUCAUCGACCACCACCACCACCACCACAGAACAUCUCUCACCACUGACCGAAGUGACCGACUCCAGACCGGAAGCGUUCAACAUCUCCAACGAGGAAGCCAUCAAACGACUACGCUACAAGGCCCAACCGAUACGCCUCUUUGGCGAAUCCGACAAGGAACGCAGGCUACGGCUCAGGGCGCUCGAGUUGAUCGAGGAGAGGUCAGAGGGCCAACGCAACGAGUUCAUGAACGUCAUGCACAACGUCGACAAGGACAUGAACCUGCAGCAAGUCGCCGACAAGAUCAGCUCCUCUACCACCAAGAUCGACAAGAACCCGACCACGACCACCGUCGGAGACGAGGAUGGCCCACUGCCCGAGGGCGAGAAUCGGACAGACAACGUACUCCACCCCAAGGACCAAGACAUCAUCGUCGACGUCUCGCUCGUCAAAUCCAACCCGCACAAGGUGUACCCGCAGAUAUACCAUGCCCUCAAGGUAGGCACAGUGUUUCUUCUCACGAGCGCAAAUGUCCUCCGAGCUCAGAGUUCGCCUUUGCCCACAGCGAGUCCUCAAGGAAUGGGAACAAUCACUUGCGGAUCGACCAGGUUAGUUAUGGAAUCACCGAACGCUGAAUAUACCCGAUGCUUAACCCUUUCUCCUUUCCACAGAGGCCGUUCGAAGGAGUACACAAGGUCGUAUGGCCGCAGCGACCCAGCAGACCUCGGCCGAGUACCUCAAGCCCCUCUUCAAAUCCUUGCGCAAGAGGGUCAGUAGAUCCAACGAACCGAAACCAACACAUGACCAGGUCACUCACUCCGUCUCCUCGCCUUCACAGGACCUGGCCCCGGACGUUCUGCAAGCGAUCGCCGAAAUCACCUACAAUAUGCAGAUCCGCGAAUACUUGCGCGCGAACGACGCCUACCUUCGACUCUCGAUCGGUAACGCCCCUUGGCCCAUCGGCGUCACCAUGGUCGGUAUUCAUGAACGUUCGGGACGAGAAAAAAUCUUCAGCAACAAUGUUGCGCACGUGUUGAAUGAUGAGACGAGUCGAAAGUAUAUUCAAAGCUUGAAGAGGUUGUUGACGUUCGCGCAGACGGUUAGGCCGCCGAGUGAUUUGAGUCAGUGAGUACUGCUUUCGACAGGCGAAACAUUCGAUUAUGACUGAAGCACUGAUUCGCUUCUACUCUGGGCAGGAUCAUGGGUUGA